CAUCCGCCCUCGCCAUCCUCUCUUCUCAAUCACCCCCACCCAUCCAGCGGCAGGGCAACCAUGAGCGCAACCUGUAGCGGAUUGUAAUCCUUUUUUUUUCUUUUUUUUUAUGUUGGCUGGACAUGCAGCGGCUCUUUGUGUCGUGGUUGUUAAGUGCACAUGCAGUCUGUUGCGAAGAGGUUUCUUGUGCUAAUAACCUUCAGUAGCGGCUUGCUCAACGCGUCUCUGCCCUCACUGUAAACACCCUCUAGCUUUCCCGGUGAGAAGGCAGGAGCGACUGGCCGUCCCGCGGCUCCAAGAAGGCAGUGAGGCAUCAAGGAGACCGCCAAGAAAAGACAGGAUGUGGGUGCUGGGGCUCCGGCUCGCUGUCCUCCUCCUGAUGAAAGGACAGGAGUCCUGGGGGGCAUGUGUGGAGGUGGAAUCGGACACGGAGGCUGUGGCCACUGAGGACUUCAAGCUGGGCUGCAUCUGCUGCAAGAGGAGGGCGGAGGUCCCCGCCACUGCCUCUGUUGAUUGGUACUACAUGAAAGUCCCCAACACCAGCUUCGUCCAGAUCUACAGCUUCAGGGACAUCACCAUGGGCCCGCAGUUCGACAAACGCUUGACGUGGGACGGCAGCGAGAAUAGCACUGACCUGCAGGACGGCUCCAUCAUCCUCCACAACGUGACCACUAACGACACGGGGCACUACCGCUGCGAGAUCACCCGGAACCUCACCAUCCACAAAUACUGCAUCCCCACCUACAGCCAGAAGAACUUCACCCUCACGGUGGUGGAAAAACCGACCAGGCCUGAUGCCUCCAUUGUAUCGGAGGUGAUGAUGUACGUCUCCAUCAUCGGUCUACAGCUGUGGCUCCUUGUAGAGAUGAUCUACUGCUACGGGAAGAUCUCCGCUGCCGGGGUGGCGCAGAGGGAGAGCAUGGCUGAGUACAGCGCAACUUCUCCAACUGAAAAGAACUCGGAAGACCUUCUGGUGGACGAAUAGAUCUACUCAAGAUUGCACUUGGGACCCUGAGCCUGGAGCGACCGACGGACCCCUGCAGCUAAAGAUGAGAGUUUAAAGGUCAAGGUUUAGGUUGGAGGUUAAAGUUUGUAAGUAUUAAAGCGAUAGUUCAAGUGCUGUCGUAAAAAAAGUAAACGCAAUUGCCGCAACUUUGUUUAACACAACCAAAGUAAAGUGCAGUUUGCAAAACCCAAUCUAAUUACCAUAUAACUAAUUAGUCUUUGAAAUAUCACCUCGAUUGGCUAACUGGGUGGCUAGAC